CCCAUUAUUCCUAUGUUUACACAAAAUAUUCGAGAAGGAUUUAGAUCACUUGGAGGAACAAGGUUAUUUAGGUGGCUUUAUGAAAAAUUCCGCUAUCCAUUUGCUCCAAUGUAUGGAGGUUUUCCAGUGAAGUUACGGACCUUUUUAGGUGAUCCCAUUCCAUAUGACCCAAAGAUGACAGCAGAAGAAUUAGCAGAAAAGACAAAGAAUGCUGUUCAAGCUUUGAUUGAUAAGCACCAGAGAAUACCGGGGAACAUUAUGAGUGCUUUGUUAGAACGUUUUCAUAAAAAUCAAAAGAUCCACUAGAAGAUGACUUAAUACAUUUAUAUUAAUAUGUUUGUGUCUAUAGUAUUGUCGUCUAAAUUUUGUAUGUUCUAUAAUCAUGUAUUUUCAUAAAAAUCGUGUUAGUAAGCAUCCUUUGCUGAACUCGUUUAAAAUUGUAUGGUAAAUUUUGUUU